UAGAGAUUAGCUAAUCUUAUUUUAUUACCCAGUCUGCGCCACAGGCUUGAAACGGAUAUUUAACUAUUGGUGUUACGUACAUUAAGGAGCUCAUUAAUUACUAAGGUACUUUCAGUCAUCCGUAUUUUGGGGCAACAUUAAUAACCACUAUAUAGGAUCCAUCUUCCUUAAUAUGCCUUAAAUCUUGGGUCGCUCUUACGAAACAAGCCUCCAUUGCUCUGGUCGAUGGGGAGUUCUGUGUGUUGUCCUGAACUCACACACCUGAUUCAGGUCACCAGGUAGUCAUCAACGCUUUCCAGAUUGACAUCAGGUGUAAGCGAACAGGACAACACAAAGGCUGUAAUGUAGACCUGCGCGACUGGAAUGAACCGUCCAGGGUUUUAGAAAAAUGGCUUCUGGAGAUUCAAGAGGAAGGUUCUCUGAAUAUACUCCAAGAUCAUUAGAGGAGUCCUAUUCGCUGUUUGAAAAGUAUGUUCUUCACUCGCCCUAAGAGCAGUGCAGCAUUUAAUUAGCCGUAUAGGAUGCAGCCAGCCUGUUUAAUCAUAUGCUUUAGAUCUUUAGGUUUUGCAGAAGGAGAUCAGUCAUUGUCAGCAUCUGAGACUGCAGGUAUACAUGUUUGUAUAUACUUACUUUAAAACUUGUUUUAAAUAGGUUCAGAAACCUUUGGCUACAAUGCACAAAUCAAAUAACAUGAUGGUGGAUUUUUUAUUUUUUUGCUGUUUUUUUGUUGUUUUUUUUAAAUAAGUGUAAAAUAAGCCUACUAAUUUUCUUGGGCAAUAUAUGGAAAAGAGAAUUCAGAAUAAAAACUAUAUUUGAGUACAAAAUAAGAAAAUCUACUAUAACGUUUUCAGUAAAAUAUUAAGGAACACAUACAAGGGUUGAAACAGCAGUACAUAAACUAGAGGAAAGAUGGGUUGCGAUGUUAUCUUAUGGCACAUGCAUACUCUUGUGCUAAGUCUGUGGAUUUUAGGUUUUUCCACCGGAAUGUCUUAUUUUCUUGCAGUUUAUGGGGAAUGCGGGGAUCUGAUCAAGCUGAAUUUGGUAGCUGGGAGUCAUUGUUCUUUCAUGUACAAAAUAAACACACCAAAGUGAUCCUUGGUUUCUUUCCCUUUAUUUAUUUAUUUUUGUUUCUGUCUUGCGUUCUUGCAUGUUGGCUGCUUUUUGAGCUGCAGGGAACUUUUUAUCCUUUAGGGAGGUGCUCCAGUCAGCAACAGUUUGGAUUGUUUCCAUCGAGAUCUUGCAAGCCCUUUGAUGCUUUCGAGUCAAAAAGCUCGAACAGGUGAGCGAGAUCCAAUGAGUUUCGGUAAGACCGACAUCAGCUGAGCUUCUGCCCCAUGCUGGUCUCACCCUCCAGAUACAGUGCCUGCGAAUCUUUGAAUCGUCUGGGCACAAGCCAUGAUCGUGCUGAUGGAGACUACUGUGAGUUUGAUGGAAGCUAUGAAGACCCACACCCAGCUACCUGGACAGACGAAACGCCGUCUUGCUGGCACGUGCCUUGCCCCAUGUCCUUGGGGAGGUCCAGGUCGCCCUUCAGUGAUCUCUCAGUCCCUUAUGCUUCCCCUGCCAGCUCAUGCAUGUGCAGGCUGAGGGAUGCCGUUGCCAUGCCGACUCUUCGUUCACAUGUAGCUGUACCGGCGUUUCGUGGGACUAAACGGAAAAUGAAGGCUCCGGGGUCUCGGGGCAAGUUUGUCAAGAAGCAGAGGAUCAUCAUAGCAACUCCCCAAACAGCCUCGACGGCAGCCGUAGCAGGACUGAAGGAGGUUGGUCAUAUUCCCAGUGAUGGGGACAUGGACAAAGAAGAUGUGGAGGGCAAAGUUCGAGUCAAAGAGAAGCGAAGGCGCAGACGUGAGAAGAACCGUGAGAAAUAUGGAGACAAGCACAGAAUGGCUUUCACAUGUGCAUUUUGUAAAUUUCGCACAUUUGAAGACAAGGACAUCGAGAAACAUUUUGGAAGCACGUAUCACCGUGAAACACUAGACUACAUUCGACGGCAAACCAAGUUUGAUGACAGAGUUAUUAGCUUUCUACAUGACUGCAUGGUGCAGAAGUUUCGCAAAACCGUGUCUGCUUUAUGCAAGUUACGCACCCUCUCGGACCAGAAAACAAAUCAGAAACUUAUGGAAGGGGUGACUGAGGAUGACUACAUGAGGAAGGUGGAGGUGGUGCAUUGCAUGGCUUGCGACACUCACAUCGCUGCAGUUUUUGCCUCCGUUCAGCAUCAUCUCAACUCCCCCGUACACCUCAAGAGCAAAGUGAUGUACAAAGAGCGGCUAAAGAGGGAGAGUGUGCUUACUGCCAAAGCCAUAAUAAAUAACGAUGGCGUCAAAGUACGCUAUGAGAAGUACAUGAAGGGAGAAGACCCAUUCGUAACGGAUGCCGGAGAAGAGACCAGCUCUGAUUCUUCUGAACAGGAGAGGCCUGAUGAACCUGAGGACGACACCGGCUGAAAGAGAUGAAGAAUUGAACACCUGGAAUCGGCAAGAGGGCCUGCCAUUUCCUGUUCUGCUGAAGACGUCUGCUCACAGCAGCUCUCUGUGUGACACGAUGAUGUAACCAGCAGAGCAGCCUUGCAUGUAUGCCUUUUAAAGACUGUUCAUCGAUCCCCUUUCCAAGUGAAGCCGACCCCCCUCAACUCUGUUUUGGGUUGGUGCUGUGUUUGGAGACUAAAUCUCCAUAUAACAAGUUUUCCGGUUAGAUUAUAACUGCAGGGUGCGGUUGUAUGGGCUGCAGAUGGUUAGCAUGUUAACUGUAGUAUUUGGUAAUGGAGAGCUAUUAUACUUUGCUGUUGUGAUUUCAUGUCUGCAAUUAAAUGAUCAUUU